UGGGACAUUUGAAGUGAAGGUUUUCACAGUCGAGCUUUUAGGGGUGGACAUGAUUGAGACUGUAUAAGACAAGACGCGGCAACUAAAAAAUAUCUAAACAUAACUGCUUUAAAUGAGAUCAGGAAAGUGGCGUGUUGUUCUAGCUCUAAUGCUAUAUUGCUGCAGAAUUUGCAACAAACUGUUUGAAACAGCUUGCAUCUCUGUGAAUGUUUCAUGUGGGAGUAAUUCAAAAUGAACUGUUGUACAUGGUGAAAAUAUGGUGAAAAAUGUACCUUUAGCCAAUUUGGCCUUUUAUAAAAAUGUACAGAAAGUUUCACAUGGCUGCAUAUACUCAUUUAAUUGUCCUUUUUCCCCUUUCCCUCCCUGUGGGCCUGGUUCUUCUGACAGCAGUCAAAAGAACCAGUUUGUAUCAUUUUCCCUUUUCUACACUUUGUUUUGAUUUGAGGGAGGCCACGCCAGCUCAGAGAGGACCACGGCGUGUUUGCUUGUUUUGAAUGUGUGCGUAUGGGUGUGUGCGCUGUGAGAGAGCGUAAGCGCUGGACGUGAGAUUUCAAACAGCACAUCAGUGCGUUUAUGUAUUGGGUGCCCGGAAAUGUUUCCAAAUAAACACAGCUUGAUUCUCGCUGGGUGGGCGACUUAUCAAGAGCUAAUUCUGUAAACAGCAGCGCUCAUUGGCCACGGAGGGGAAUGAAAGUGUAAUGGAUGUGGGUGGGCUGAGAACACAGCUGUUUAUGAUGGACCAUUUAUUUCCCGGCGUUAAGUCAACAACACAAGCUUACAACAAUUAUUAAGAUCCUUCGCGCACUCAGAGCGAGGAGAGCCAUGGCGCUAUUCCGCGGGCCCUCUGCGCUGGCGCUCCCUGGGUCUCCGCUGCUGUGCUUGUACGGCACGGGAGACGCUCUCAGCCUCGUGGCCGCGCACAGAGAGCCCCCUCAGAAGCCCCCUUUCAGCUACAUCGCUCUCAUUGCCAUGGCCAUCAAGAGCGCGCCUCAGCAGCGCGCCACGCUCAGCAGCAUCUACCAGUUCAUCAUGGAGCGCUUCCCUUUCUACCACGACAACAAACAGGGCUGGCAGAACUCCAUCCGCCACAACCUCAGCCUGAACGACUGCUUCAUCAAAGUCCCGCGGGAAAAGGGUCGGCCCGGCAAGGGGAGCUACUGGACCCUGGACGCGUCCUGCACAGACAUGUUUGAGCACGGCAACUACCGCCGUCGUAAAAGGAAAGCCAGGAACGGUUCGCACAAACCUGCGCAAAGACUCAAAUGCCCUACCGCUCAGGGGUCAAGGGCCCCGGAGGAGCCGCGCUCAGACAGGUCACAGGCAACGCAGCGGGACACCCCAACUACGGACAAGUCCAAGUGCUUCAGCAUUGAAAGCAUCCUCAAGAAAGAUGCACCUGUGCGAAACCGCGUGUCGGGAGAAGCAGACGCGUGCGCGCUCCGCUCGGCGGUAUUCCUCGGGUCCAGACAGUCCAUGUGCCAAGUGGGAUUCCCUCUCUGCUCUUACCUGCCACUGACCUUUCAGGAAUCCGCACAGCGACACUGA